GGAAGGGGAGGAGAAGAAGAGAGAAGAGUGAGACCGACGCAACGCAACGCGGUCUCCUCCUCCGUCGUCUCCAACCUCUCGUCUCGCCUGCCAAAUAAAUCCAAGCCACAACCGCCGCUGUCUGCCCGUCAAUAAGUUUUUCUCCGCCAUUUUCCCCGUCCUCCGCGAGAAGCGCCUCGAGGUCCCCGUGUGCGGCUAGCUAGAUCGGUGGCGCCUCCCCUCCCUCCUCCCCCGCGGAAGGCGCUCGCCCCCUUCAUUCCCGGAACCGAUUCUCGCAAGGGAUUCCUCGCUGCUCGGCUCUUCUUGAGGCAUGCAGAGCCAGAUCGUGUGCCAUGGGUGCAGGAGCGUUCUACUCUACCCCAGAGGGGCCCCCAGCGUGUGCUGCGCCGUGUGCCACGCCGUCACCAGCGCGCCGCCUCCAGGAAUGGAGAUGGCUCAGCUUAUAUGCGUCGGCUGUCGAACUUUAUUGAUGUAUACUCGCAAUGCAACUACUGUCAGAUGCUCAUGUUGUGAUACAGUCAACCUUGCCAGACCAGCACCGCCAGUGAAUAGUAUAGCUCAUGUGAACUGUGGCCAGUGCCAGACGGUGUUAAUGUAUCCAUACGGAGCAUCUUCUGUCAAAUGUGCUAUCUGCAAUUUUAUUACGAACAUCGGAAUGAACACCGUGAGACCUUUGCCACCUACAAUGCAUGCACCAAACGGAAUUUCAUAUAGUGUCCCAUCGACCUCUGCGCCGUCCGCUCAAUCGCAGAAUGUAACGGUGGUCGUCGAAAACCCAAUGACAGUAGAUGACAAGGGAAAAUUGGUGAGCAACGUCGUAGUCGGGGUUACGUCCGGCGGGAAAAAGUAGCAAAACAUGUCAGCGCUUGUACCAAGUGAUGCCCUGUUCUGUGUCUUAUAAUCUGGAGUUGGGAACACUUUGUAUUAUACUCGUGUCUGGUGAUCGACCGAUCGGUCGCAUAGAAGAAAACCCCGAAGCGCGUAAACGGACCGCGCCAACAAAAAAAGAGAGUGCGGGUGUGGAUAAUACGGAGAAAAACUGUAUUUUGCUUACCCCCUUGAUUCUUUUGUAUGUAAAAUGUGGGCACUGUCAGACCUCACUGCGUGAUCAAAUCCUCUCUGUCCUGUCCUGUGUCCUGUCCUGAAGGGGCCUCUCGUUCUGGAUGAAUAACAGCAAAUAACUUUGCAUAUGGCUGGCCCCACCUGUCAAUGAUUGGUAAUUAAACGACUGUAAUUAUUGUGAUGAAUAAUUCUUUGAAGGCUGUAUUUUAUUUUA